GAGCCCCAAAAAAUUGACUGUCGAAUUUAGUCUGUUUUGUUACGAAGCUACGAACGAACAAACUUUUGCCGGACAGAGUUUUUAAAGGUAGUUUGCAUUUGCAACUACUUUUGUAACUUUGAGAGAAGAUCAAAAUGGCAUGGAUGGUUCCUCACGGUAACAUGCAAGGGGAACACAUGUACAUGGAGGAAGGUUUCGAUGCAUCAGAAGAAAAUAUCAAAACUAAGCAAAGACGCAGAAAGAAACUACUUUACAAAACAGUACGCGAACAGAUGGAGUUCUACUUUAGUGAUGCAAAUAUUUCAAAAGACAGGAUGCUUAGACAGAUGGUUGAAAAUGACCCUUAUGUUCCCCUUGAAGAAUUUUUGAAAUUCAACAAAAUCACUCAGCUAGUGUCUUCAGUUGAAGAAAUUGCAAAAGCUAUUAAAAAGUCUGACUUUUUGGAGUUAUCUGAGGAUUCUCUUAAAGUGCAUAGGAAGACACCAAUUAAAAUUAAGGAAAAUGAAGAUGAGUGCACUAUUUAUGUGGAAAACCUGCCACCAGAGAUUACCCAUGAUGAGUUGAAGAAAGUAUUUUCAGAGUUUGGUAAAGUAGUAUACGUCUCAAUUCCAAAAUAUCACAGCACACGUGCAAUAAAAGGAUUUGCAUUUGUGGAAUUUGACACUGUCCAAGAGGCUGCUGAAACUAUUCGAAUAUUUGAAGAAAAGGGCAGAUGUCUCUCCAUUCACAUGCUACCAGAAAAAUUGUGUAGCAUCCGAACUUUUGAUCCCAAUGAUACAUCCAAGACACCAGUGGGAAAAUGUGAAGUCAGUAAUCUUGAUUCCUGUAAUGACAACGAAGCUGAUACUGACGUUUGUGAUAGUGAAAAACUGAAAGACAGUAGUAAGACAAUUGUAGAUGAAAAUGAAUGUGAACAACCAUCUUUAAAGAAGAGAAAACGGGAAUGCAAUGAUGGUGAUGAAGGUGAUGAAAAAGGUGGUAGCAAAAAGGAAAAGAAGAUUGGAAAUGGAAAGGAAGAGGCUUCUUCAGAACAGAAUGGAACUGACACCAAGAGAGAAACUGAAACGAGUGAGAAUGAAAGUAGCACAGAAAACAAAGAUGAUGGAACAUCUGAAAAAAAGAAGAAAAAGAACAGGAAGAAGAAAAAACGCCCCAAGGAGAGGGAACUAUUUGCAAAUGGAAUGGUAGUUUUGUCCAGAAAAGAAUGGAAAAGACUUAGGAACAAAUACCUUCAAAUGCAGAGAGCUAACAUGCAGAGGGUAAAGCAGCAGGUUUGGGAGGCUAGAUUCAUGCGAAGGCAACCCUAUACACCUCAUCCUGCUUGGGAUCAUGGCCGUAAUGAAGAGAUGAGGCCGCCUCCCCCACCGAUUGAUGCUCCCAAACCAAGAACGACCUUCAUCCCAGGAGUCAUAGUUUGUGUCAAGUUUAAUGAACCAAUGGUUGAUGUGAAAGGUUUCAAGGCUGAAGCCAGGACCCAACCUGGAGUCCAGUAUGUUGAUGUUAGUGAAGGAGCCUUUGAAGCCUAUUUGAGAUGUUCAGGACCUUCAGAGGCUCAACACCUACUUCAAAUAAACUUUUGGAAGAAUAUGUCUAUUGUUACAGGAUUGAGAGAGACUGAAUAUUGGGAGAAAAUUGCAAGAGACAGAGAAGAAAAAAUAGGGAAAAAGGUGAAAAUUCCAACAGAAAAAGGGAAGAAGAAGCUUCUGAGAAAAGCAGAAAUUGUCAAGGCAACUCAUUUACAUUUUGAUAAUUAAAGUAAACAUGUGUAAAAAUCCUACAGCAAAUAAAUUAAUUUAAGAGAAGUA